AUGACUGGCUUGGGCCCGGCCUCCGAAGCUGUCGGCUGCGUCGCCAUCCGGCCGCUGACUAAGGAGGGCAGCUGCGGCGGCAGCGGCGAUGGCGCGGCGCCGGCCGCGCCGGCGCGGGUGUGCGAAAUGAAGCGGCUGUGGGUCGGCCCGGGCGGCCGCGGCUCGGGGCUCGGGCGCCGGCUGGUAGUGGCCGCCGUCGCAGCGGCGCGGGAGCUUGGGUACAAGAGCGUCGUGCUGGACACGUUGCAGCGGUUGGAGGCCGCCAACAAGAUCUACGAGUCGUCAGGGUUCAGGCGGCGAGAACCUUACUACCACAACCCGCUGCAGAACGUCGUGUUUUGGGAGCUCGACCUGUGA